UACACUCUUCGUCAAUCGGCACAAGCGGAAACCCUUCCGUCGCUCCAUUCGCCCCUUCCUAGCGCCGCUUUCGCCACCGACUCAUCGAGACAUGGCGGCGGUCGCAGCUCGCGCCGGUGCAGCACGGGUCGGGUUCCGGCGGAUGUUCUCCGUCUCCGCCUUCGCUCCCCCGCCUCCCCCAACCGCUCGCCCCGCGGCGGAGCCCUGCAACAACCUCUUCGUCUCAGGUUUGAAUAAGCGCACGACAUCUGACGGACUGAGGGAAGCCUUCUCGAAAUUCGGUCAGGUUACCGAUGCAAGAGUCAUCACUGAUAGAAUAUCUGGAUACUCUAGAGGGUUUGGCUUUGUGAAAUAUGCAACCGUAGAAGAAGCUGCUGAGGGCAUAAAAGGCAUGGAUGGAAAGUUCUUCGAUGGUUGGGUGAUAUUUGCGGAGUACGCCAAGCAGAGAGAAGCCCAGCAGCCGCCGCAAUCAGCGGGUACACAGUCAUCUGGCUACCAAUACCCUAGCUAGUUAGUUCUCUCGAUCAGAAAUGGCUUGUUCUCAAUUUAUAUGCUACCAAUUGGAAGUUGAUUUCCAAAAAAUUGUCGAGGAAGGGAUAAAAUCUAGUGUUGGUCGCUUGAACUAUUCCGGUACGGUUAUGGAAUUGAUCAUAGUUUCACUUGUAUACGUCUGUGUAACUGUAACAUUUGCCACUAGCUAUAAUUUAAACUUCGUUACAGAUA